AGAAGUGUAUAUAUUGUGAUCAGAAGGAAACAUUACUUGUUAUGCAUUAGUCCUUCCCCCUGAGGCAUAACAAGUUGUCAGUGACUCCUGAGCUGUUCUGCUGUUCCAAUUUUUGUUUAAGCAAUAGGCACUAUUAUUGCGAUGUUGAGUUUUUGAUGUUAUAGAAAUCCCUUUGGGAGGUUGUGGCUGGUUGGGUCUGAUCUUGCUGACUUCCUGAAGAACUUAUAUCAUGGACCAUUUCCUUCCCCGGAAUGCACGUCUACUGGAUAUAUAAAAUUUUCACUAUAAGAUGUCCCGGAAGUUGUUACGUUGUUAUACAGUUAUAGUAGCUGGUUUUGUCUAAUUGUCUUCUUAUGACUUUCGUCUAGAUAAUCUUCUACGAUUUUACUUGUUGACUUCCCGAUUUGUAGUGGCUGGUUCAGUAUAAUUUGUCUUUUUGUUGAAUGACUAUCCUUUGCUCAUAAAUAACUAUCUACAGUAUGUCGCUUUUACUAUGAGACUAUCCUUCACUCAUAAAUAACAUCUAAAAUAGGUCGCUUGUGUAGAGUUGCUCAUUGCAAAGUUAAGCCAUAUGAUUUUCUCCAGAUCUAAAUCAUCUGAUGAUUUGGUGCUCAAAUUAUAAGUCUAAUUUUGUUUUUGUUUCCUCUCUGUGUUUCUUAUGCCUACUCUCUUCAAUACGAUAACUGCAUCCUGCCAAUAUGUCGUCUCAAAAAUAUUGUUUGUAUCAGCAUUCAAGAUAACAGGCCAUAUUUAUGAAAACAGGAGGCAUAGAGAGCUGAUUUGAUCUCUUCUAGUCAUGCUGAAACUGAAAUCAGUAGAUUCAUCAUCUGGAAAGUACAGGUAUGAUGUUUUCAUGAGUUUUAGGGGGGAAGAUACCCGCAAAACUUUUACGGAUCACCUCUACACUGCUCUACUAAGUGAAGGUUUAAUCACCUUCAGAGAUGAUGAGGAGAUUCAGAGGGGAGAGGCUAUUAAAUCUGAAUUAGAAGAAGGUAUCCAGGAGUCUAGAAGUUGGAUAGUUGUAUUCUCAGAGAACUAUGCAUUCUCCAGUUGGUGCCUUGACGAACUUGUGAUGAUUCUCAAAUGCAGGGACAACACAAAACGUCUCCUACUGCCUAUAUUUUACCAUGUUGACCCGUCUGAUGUUCGCAAACAAUCUGGCUGCAUCUCUGAAGCAUUAUGUGAACAUGAAAAGAAGUUUCAGAGGGAAGUGAAUGAUACAAAGAGGAAAGAUUUGAUGGAUAAAUUGAAACUAUGGAGGGCUGCUCUUGCUCAGGUUGGCAACUUAGGAGGCAUGACUUUGCAGAACGAAACAAAUGGGUACGAAUCAAAAUUUAUUCAGAAAAUAGUCAAUGUCGUCAAUGAUAAGGUGAAUCAUGACAUCUUAAGUAUCACACACCAUCUUGUUGGAAUUAAUGCUUCAACACAAGCCAUUAAUUUAUGGAUAAGAAAUGGUUCCACCGACGUGGAAGUGUUUGCAUUGUAUGGUAUCGGUGGAGUGGGAAAGACAACCAUUGCCAAAUAUGUUUACAACACGAACUUCCAGCUAUUUGAAGGUCACAGUUUUAUAGAAAGCAUAAGAGAAUAUUCUGAACGGUCUGAUGGUAUAGUGUGUUUACAAAGACAACUUCUUUCAGAUAUUUCCAAGGGAAAGGCACCAACAAUCAACAGUCUUAAUGAUGGUAUUCGCAAGAUAAAAGCUGCCGUUUGUAGUAGGAAAUUGCUGGUAGUCUUAGAUGAUGUUGAUCAGGCUGAACAAUUAGAUGCAAUCUUUGGAAUGCGAGAGUGGUUUUACCCGGGAAGCAAAAUUAUUCUUACAACUCGGAAUGUGGCUUUGCUUGAAGCUCAUGAACCUUGUACAAGACAUGAUGUUCAAACACUGAACCUUAUGGAUUCUUUGGAGUUGUUCAGCUGGCAUGCAUUUGGAGACAGUCUUCCCCCAGAGCACUACAAAGAGCACUCAAAGAGGAUAUUAGAACAAUGUCAAGGUCUUCCUUUAGCCCUUAAAGUUAUUGGUGCUUCUCUACAUGGCAAGAAGGUGGAUGUUUGGAAGAGUGCAAUAGAGAAAUUGGAAGUUAUUCCUCACUCCAAUGUCCAGAAGAUAUUGCGAAUAAGCUACGAUUCCUUGCAAGAUGACCAUGACAGAGAUUUGUUUCUUGAGAUUGCCUGUUUCUAUAAUGGGGAGGCCAAGUCGUGGGUGGUUGGGGUAUUGGAUGAAUGCAAUUAUUACACGAUAAUUGGAAUUGAAAAUCUGAUUGAUAGAUGUCUGUUAAAAAUUGAAAAUGAAAAGCUCAGAAUGCAUCACUCAAUCCAGAGCAUGGGCAGAGAAAUUAUUUGUCAGCAAUCACGUAGAGAACCAGGGAAGCGGAGUAGACUUUGGUAUUAUAAAGACUCCCUUGAAGUACUAGCGAAUGAAAUGGGGUCUGGAGCUAUUGAAGGCCUAUCGCUAGACUUGAACAUGACUAGUACAUAUCAGAAUGAGUUAAAUACAACAGCUUUUUCCAUGAUGCACAAUCUCAGACUACUUAAGCUCAAUAAUGUGCGGCUAGGUGGAGGUUACAAACAAUUCCCUAAAAAAUUGAAAUGGUUAUCUUGGAAAAAUUUCUCCUCAAGAUGUUUACCGGAUGGCUUCCCUUUGAGCAGCUUAGUUGCAAUCGAAAUGCAAAGUAGUAAGUUGGAAAAAUUGGUUCACAGAGACAUGCUACUCAGAUCACUGAAGUUUCUAAAUUUGAGCCACUGCCAUGACCUUGUUGAAACUCCCAACUUUGCUACACUUUGUGUUCUGGAGCAAUUGAUCCUUGAAGAUUGUGUGAGUUUAGUCGAGAUUGAUGAAUCUAUUAGAAUGGCUGAAGGACUUGUCUUGUUGGAUUUAAAGGACUGCAAACUUUUGAAGGGGCUUCCAAAAAAUAUAUGCAUGCUAAAGUAUCUGGAAACACUGAUCAUCUCAGGUUGUUCAAAUCUUGGAAUGCACCCUGUAGAUAAGAGAAAAAUGGAAUCCUUGAAAGUUUUUAUUGCUAAUGGAAUUGAUUUCGGUAAUUCAAGAAUAGGUCCCCCAUUAUCAUUGACUUCUUUACCAUGCAACUACAUUACUAGAUUGAGUUUGGUAAAUUGCAAUCUACAUGAUAAUGCUUUCCCCACGGAUUUCUGUUUCACAUCGUCAAUGGAGUUCUUAAGCUUGAGUCGGAACCCAAUCCGCUUCCUACCAGAUUGCUUUAAAGGUCUGAAAAGACUCGGGCUUCUACAAUUGAUUAAAUGCAACCGGCUUCAAGUGCUUGAUUUACCAUGCAAAAUUGAGACACUUUCGGCUUUUGACUGCCCAUUAUUGGAGAAAAUCAUAUCCAAUGAGCCAAGCUCACAUUUUGAAAAAUAUUACUCUCCGUUCCUAUGCAAGAAGCUAACUGAAAUGGACACCAAAUUCAAGAUUGUACCAAUCGGAAAAAUAGAUAAGAAUUUUAUCAGCAAAUGUGGUAUCGAUGAUGUGGAAGCCAAGAAAAUAAUGCAGAUAAAGUUAUUCAAUAACUUCACUGGUAUCAUCACAAAAUGUCCAAUCCAGGGAAUAUUUCAGGAUUUGUUUAACGGCAAGGCAUUCAGCAUUUUUUACCCUGGAAACAAUGUUCCAGAUGUUUUCACAAGUCAACGCAACUCAUCUGCGGUGUCCUUUACUGUAUCUCAUUCUAAACUCAGAUAUUUAAACACCUGCAUCGUGUACAAUUUCAACACAAAACACCAUAAUCUCUUAAGGAACCUUGCGAUAAUGCAAAGAUUCUUUCUGAUACUCAACAACAGGACCAAGGAUAAAAUAAUCAUAUAUGGUCCAGCCUGUCAUGGCAUUUCUGAGGGAGUUGAAUAUACAACAUGGUUAAGCCAUUGGAAAUUGGGUAGUCACGAGGCAGGACCUGGAGACGAGAUUAGUAUUUCAGUAUAUAAUAGAGAUGAUGCUGAUACCAUUUUUGAGGUGAAAGAGAUUGGCUUCAAUCUUGGGUACGAAGAGGCAGGUGUCGAUUCAGCCUGUGAUGAUACUUGUCAGUUUGUCAUAUCUGUCAAACAACAGCCAUCAGAAUAUCACGGAACAACACAGCUAUACUUUCUUGGUGAUCACGGAGUACAUGCUGAUAGUCUAAUGAAGAAAAUAUUACUCUGA